AUGCAUUUGAGCUCGCUUUCUGCCCUCCUCUCCCUCUCUCUAUUCCCUCUCCUGACAGCCGCCCAGCUUUCAGGAUCCGUGGGACCAUUAACAUCCAUCUCCCACAAGAAGGGCAUCAAAACAUGCAACGUGCUGAACUACGGCGCCGUGGCCGACAACUCCACGGACCUGGGACCCCCUCUGACGGCCGCAUUCACGGCCUGCGCCUCGGGGGGCCUGGUGUAUAUCCCGCCCGGCAACUACGCGCUCAACACCUGGGUCACGCUCAGCGGGGGCACGACCUGGGCGCUGCAGCUGGACGGCGUCAUCUACCGCACGGGCACAAGCGGCGGCAACAUGAUCUACAUCGAGCAUGCCACGGACUUCGAGCUGUUCAGCUCCACGUCCGCCGGCGCGGUCCAGGGCAGCGGCUACCUGUACCAUGUGAACGGCGACAUCACCGGCCCGCGCAUCCUGCGGCUCUACGAGGUCUCGGAUUUCUCGGUCCACAACAUCGCGCUGACGGACUCGCCGUCCUUCCACUUCAGCAUGGACACGUGCUCCAACGGCGAGGUCUACAAUAUGGCCAUCCGCGGCGGCGAUGAGGGCGGUCUCGAUGGCAUCGAUGUCUGGGGUACCAAUAUCUGGAUCCACGAUGUGGAAGUGACGAACAAGGACGAGUGUGUCACCGUCAAGGUCGGGACCGCCUCUCCGGCCUCGAAUAUUCUCGUCCAGAACAUCUACUGCAACCGGAGCGGUGGGUGUGCCAUUGGCUCCCUCGGUGCCGGCGUCAACGUCAGCGACAUCAUGUACACCAACGUCUACACCUGGGCGUCCAACCAGAUGAUGAUGAUCAAGAGCAAUGGCGGAAGUGGCACACUUUCCAACGUGGUAUUUGAAAACUUCAUCGGACAUGGAAACGCCUACUCCCUGAACAUCGACAGCCACUGGUCCGGCAUGACCCCGGUCAGCGGCAACGGCGUGCAGCUGAACAACAUCACCUUCACCAACUGGAAGGGCACCGAGGCGAACGGCGCGACUCGGGGCCCCGUCAAGGUGAUCUGCCCGGACGCCGUGCCCUGCACGGACAUCGUCAUCGAGGACUUCGCCAUGUGGACGGAGACCGGCAACACGCAGUGGCUUGUCUGCGAGAGCGCGUACGGGUCGGGCUUCUGUCUCGACUCCAGCAGCGACCAUACCUCGUAUGCGGCCGUGACGCAGUGGCAGACCACGCCUCCCUCGGGCUACUCGGCCCCGACGAUGGCCGCCGAUCUGACGGCGGGAUUUGGCACGACGCAGCCGAUUCCCAUCCCGACCAUCCCGACGUCUUUCUACCCGGGGGUGACUCCGAUCAGCAGGUAG